GAUCUUAAUUAAGAGGGAGUGGAGAAUGGAGAGAGUGUUAAUAUUGCAGUGGUGAUUUUGAUGAGAAUGAACAAUGAAGAGAUGGUGUCAUCAUCAUCAUCAGUGAUAGUAGUAGAAGUGGAGGGUCAUCAACAACAAAAGGGAGUAGUAGUAGUACCAGCACCAUUCUUGACCAAGACAUAUCAACUAGUAGAUGACCCUCUCACUGCCCACAUUGUGUCUUGGGCUCAAGAUGACUCCUCCUCCUCCUUUGUUGUCUGGAGACCCUCUGAGUUUGCUAGAGACCUCCUCCCCAACUACUUCAAGCACAACAACUUCUCAAGCUUUGUUAGGCAGCUUAACACCUAUGGGUUCAAGAAGGUAGUGGCAGAUAGAUGGGAGUUUGCAAACAAGUAUUUCAGGAGAGGGGAGAAGCACUUACUAUCUGAAAUCCACAGAAGAAAAGCCCCUCACCACCACCACCACCACCACCACCAAUGCCAUGAAAAUCUUCAAUUUUUGGUUGAUUCUUCUUCUCCACCAUCACCAAAACCCAGUACUAAUCUUGACAUUCUAAUGGCACUGGCCGAAGAUAAUCGUCGUCUACAGAGAAGAAACUACAUGCUGUUAUCAGAAAUCAAACACAUGAAGAGCCUUUACAAUGACAUUAUCCACUUCAUUCAAAGCAAUUGUGAAUCCCGUAAAUUUAAUGACUGUACCGGUCAAAAACCGCCCACAUGUGAGCGCUCGACAAAGACAUCCUUGCAAAGCACCCACGUUUUGAUUCCAACGAGGAAUACACGGCUCAAUUGCCCAAGUCAAACACCCCGAGGUCAAAAGCAUUGCCUAGCACCCACGAGCGGACUAAGAUGGUGGGCGAGCUCCUACAAUGACCACCACAAAGAUUAUAGUGUUAAUGCAGCAGUACCUGAACUUGUUGAGCUGGUUUCGGAGCGAUCGAUCGACCAAAUUAGCAAAAGUACUAGUAGUGAUGGUUUGAGUAAGUUUGUAAUUGAUGAUGAGCCAAUUAUUAGUCCGGUGAAGCUCUUUGGGGUAUCUCUAAGUGGCAAGAAGAGGCUGCACCCAGAAGUUCUUGAUUAG